AUGGGGAAGAGGAGAAAGGCCACCACUGAACCGGUUCAGACGCGUUCUCGGGCAAAACGAGGUAGAAGUCGAGGCACCCGCCAGACAAAAACGACAGCUGCCUCACACGCAACUCGGACGGUAGCUCCACCGGGAAGCGGUAGGCCUACGAGAACGACGGGGAAUGAGCCCGGACAAGCCCCCGCUGCCACUGCAGUAGGAGCAGCGCCAGAACCCAUUGACGUUGAGCAGGGUCGUUCAUCCGGCCGUUCACCCAGCCGUUCAGCUAAUAAGAGGCCAGCAGCUUCACAAGGGCCUGUGCUGCAAUUACCAUCCACUCAGGGUCAGACUCAGAGUUGUCCCAGGCCCAGCACUAGUAAUAAUACCGCAGGUGAGCCUUCUCGACCUGAAUACAUGUCAGUACAAAUACAAGAUCAUACAGAUUCGUUCUGCGUACCUGGCCAUACUAAUAAUAACAUUACAGGUCACGAAUCGCACAAUAUUAGAGAACGAAGUCAGUCUGGGAUGGUACGAGAGACCCCAUUCACAUCAUCCUUCCCCGCAAUUGUACCUCCUAGUGUUCAGAUAAGAACCGACCUAACUCAAAAUUCACACUGUGUCCAUGAUAAUGAGGCCACAGGGCCAAAUAACCAAACCAUAAUCAAUACAGAACGUAGACCUAACACAGAGAACAUGAAUAGAGGCUAUCACCACCCUCACCAUUCCCCGUUAAACCCUGUAGGUGACACACUGGGUGUAUCUAUUCCCCAAAGCAUAAAAGAAAAGAUUUGGAAGGGGGAGUAUGUGAAUCUAAAUCUGUUAGUUAACGCCCAAGAUGUAGCCUCCCACACACUGCGCGAAGCAGCAGAACAGAGAACUAAUCUGGCAAUAGCCGAGGAGGAAGGAAAAUGGGUGUUAAAGCCCUACAAUGCCCCCUCCAAAAACAAAAUCAUGUCCAUUGAAAUUUGGACAAAUGCCUUCCUAAUAUACAUGAGCGUCUAUCUGGCAGCAAAUCCACGACACACUCAUGAAAUUCUGAAGUACUGUCACCUCAUUCGUUCUGCUGCUUCACGCUACUACGGAUAUGGUUGGAGGGACUACGAUAUAGAAUUUCGGCACCGAUUUCAUGCCACAGGGGGUUCCUGGGCGGAGAUAAACGGGGAGUUGUGGCUCCUCCACGUAGUAGGGGGUGGUGUUCGGCAAGGGGCCCUGCCCCCAUUCAUCAACAGUGGGUAAACAAAGAGGGCAAACGCCCAGGCGUGCCGGCUGCAAAUCUCGAGGUAUGAGUCAAUAAUGUUUCAAGCGGCAUUUUUGUUGGCUUUCUUUGGCUUCUUGAGGGUUGGAGAAUUCACGGUUCAGAGUCAGAGUGAUGAUGGGAGGAAGAUAUUGGCUAUAGAUGAUAUCCAAUGGGGUCAGGAAGAAAAUUCACAAUUCAUGUUGGUACAGAUUAGAUUUUCAAAGACAGACCAAUACGGGAGGGGUACCACGCUUAGAAUCAAAGAAAAUAAGACGGAGGGCACAUGCCCUGUCAAGGCUAUGGAGACGUACUUACGGGUACGGCCUAAAGGGAGAGGGCCACUUUUCUGCUAUAUGAAUGGCUCCCCCCUUUCCAGGUAUCAGUUCAAUGCAGUAUUGAAGAAGGCACUGUUUGUGUCGGGGGUCGGGGCUAACCAAUAUGGAACACACUCCUUUCGCAUUGGGGCAGCCACAAUGGCAGCCCUAAAGGGUAUACCUCCCGAGCAAAUUAUGACCAUGGGUAGAUGGCGUAGUGAUGCCUAUCUACGUUACAUAAGGUGACCUAUUGCGACAUUGUAACUACCACAGCUAACAUGUGGGAAGGUUAUGUAAGCUAUGGGCGAACAAUUAUGGAUGGUUCCUGUGGUUACUACUCAGGAAGCAUACUUAUAAUUCGCUAUACUUGGUCGCAGUUUCAUCCACGUAUUAUUACAUUUAUUCAUAACUAUACAAUAAUAAUAAAGGUAGAAUCCAGUUAGCCGAGUAGUGGGUUUCUACAUGGGGAGCACAUUUGUAAUUUGUCUAAACAUGUAUGUAAGCAGAAGUAACACAAUAAUAAUAAAGAUAUAUCUAGCCGGCUAAUAACAAUGUAGACAAUUGGAUACUGCAUAGGGUGCAUAUUUGUAAUUACCCUUUGCGUGUGAACGGAUAUCCAAGUUCAUGAUGACAAUAAUGAGUAAUAAUUCAAUAUUCAUAUAGUGCCUUUCAAACUUUCUCAAAGCUCUUUACAUCAUACAUCCUAACCUACUUAUCAACUUAACUACAAUCAGUUGUCAAAGUACAAUAACAGAGAUAAUAGCCAAUCAGCUAUAAAUGUAAUAUGACAAGAAAGAUGUCAGUGCACUGGGCAUGUGUACAUGUGUAGAACAUGUUACUUCCGGGAACUCUCAUUUUUUUAUUGCAGAGGGGACUGGAUCUGGAUUGUAGGGGAUAGCCUGGUCAGAAGAGCAAAAGAACGAGCUUCACAACGCAACUAUCAGCAAUUUGGAGAGCGAGGUAUCGUGGUCCGCUGGCAUGGGCAAGGCGGCCCCACGCUCCAGGAUCUCCCCAGGAUGGUCUCUAACCGGCUGAGAUGCGGCACUCCUCCUGCAUUAGCUAUUGUCCACUUAGGAUCAAAUGACAUCGGACAGUAUGAUGUCUGCCGGUGCAGGAUGGCAAUUGACACAGCCAUCCAAGAUCUACGCACAAGAAUGCCGCACACCCAUAUCACCUGGUCUGGUAUUUUACCGCGGCUCUUCUACUAUGGUCGCAAGCAAGGCUCUAAUUCACAGGAGGCCUUGGAUGGAGUUCGUAAGUCUCUUAACAAAUACGCUAGGAGGAAACUAGCCAGGAUGUCGGAUACCACCAUCAUCAAACAUGAAUUUGACCCCACAAUCCACAGCCUCUUCAAUAGAGAUAGAGUGCACCUCUCUGAUUCGGGUUCAGACAUUCUCAUUGACAGUUUCAGAACUGCAGCAAGGGAAGCAGGAUUUGUUUAGAUAUGGAGAGGAGACGAGCUUGAGAAACAUUUUGAGAACUCGAGGCUUCUGGCAAGGUUUUUUUUCUUUUGUAAUGUAUCUUAGUGUUAUUACGUUUAUUGUUUCUAGUUGUUUAUGUACAUACUUCAUUUUACGGGCUUUUUGAAGGGCACCGUCAACAGUACUACCUUGCUAUUAUCAAUAAUGAUAUGCACGUGUCUGGAUUGAGGAUAAUAACACUUGGAAGUAAAAAGAAAGAAAGAACAACUGAAUAGAAUGAAUAGAUAGACGAACAAUUCUUUUUUAUUCUUCGUAUUUUAGGGGUGAGAAGCAGGGACUGCACGGGAGAGUGUAUAUGUCAAUUAUGACAAACCAGUUCUUUCGAAUGAAUCAGCUUGGUAAAGCCUGUUUAUUGUAGUUGUACAAUACAUUAUUUACUCUUGGAAUUGCUUAGUUGAUCAGAAAUCGCAAGACAGGAUGUCCCUGUGGUGACGUGCAUAAAUUUGAGAACCGAAAACGAACUGGGAAAGAAAGGACGAUAAUUAAGACAGGAGAGCAAAAUAUACUGUUUUGUUUAUACUCUUUGAAAGGAUACUGAUGGUCUUUGGAAGGUUUUGCUGUUAAGGGAUACAUGAUAAUGUUUGUAAAUGGUGUGUAAUGCCUUAUCCAGGCCAUUGUGCUCAGUAUCCUCCAUCUUAUAUGCAUUUAGUCCUGAGAUGAUUAUAUCAACUAGAAGUUGCUUUAGUUUACCCUAGAAGGAACGUCCUUUUAUAGGCAUUUUGCAUCCAUUCAUGUGAGGUUAAGUGUUUAAUGCAGCUCCAUGCCAAUAUAUUAGGUAGCUUUAUUUGCAAGCAUGACAAGUUCAUGUAUGCUCCAGAAUCAUGCGACUUAUGACGGGGCAAAAAAAAAAAAAAAAAAAAAAAAAAAAUUAUUAAUUGGGUGGAAGGUUUUUGUUCAGAAACAAUUUGUUUGAAACCUGACAGAUCACCAAUAUUGAUAUCAAAGUAUAUGCUCCAAAGAUGUUGUUUACCAAGAUUUAGGGAAACACCCGUGGGAACUACUAUCCUGCGGGUGGGUCACGUGAUCAACAGUCCCAGGGAGGAGUUACUACCCUUCCUGGCGAUCACGUGAUCCCAUAUCUUUCAGUAAGAUUAAUAGGAUGCCACAGAUGUAGUUUUUCGUUAUGUCUUACGACAUUGUUCAGACUGUUUUGAGGUUUAUCACCUCUUAUGUUAUUUAGGCAUAUUGCCUCUGUGUUUUGAUGCCUCGUACGGAAUUAAACGGCGAGCAAUGGCAUAUCAUUUGUCCACGUGUUUUCUUCUCAAAAGGUAAUGAUCAUUUUCAGUGAUCAGUAAAUUUUUGAGAGAAACAAGUGUUAGGUUCAUAGAGGAAUAUAAUGUGUAAAAGUCCAAAUCGAUACAGAUUGUGCAUGUGAUCACUAACCGGAUAACAUGUGAUCUAAUCACAGCGGGAAACAUGUGCGUUGUGGAAUAUACUAGUAACGUGUGCACGUAAUAAAGCCAUUGCAGUCUGAAAUUCCUUCGAGGCAACAAAUUUUUCCCCUCCACUCCCACCCAGGUACAUUGGUAAUAUAUUAUCGGGAUGGGAGGACCCGGCGUCAAUACAGAAUUUAGUCACGGGAUCGUUAAGGGGAUUGCAUAUUUCUGAGGCAAUGCAGUGUACCGGUGACUUUAGCACAUAUGUUACCAUACAAGCUGAUAUCUUAGUCCAUGCGUAGAGCUGAAUUACUGUUGAGAAUUACCGUGUGUAGGAAAUUUUGUGUAUCACGAUUUAUGAUAUUCUUAUUAAACAUCUCAUGGUUGGGAGGUUGGGCAGAGUUACGACAGUAGAUCAGCAUGGUUGGUAGGUUGGAAAGACAUUGAUUUCUGCAUUAAGGCUGGGAGGUUGGGCAGAAUUUAGACAGUCAGUCAUCAUGGUUGGGAGGUUGGGCAGAGUUACGACAGUAGAUCAGCAUGGUUGGUAGGUUGGAAAGACAUUGAUUUCUGCAUUAAGGCUGGGAGGUUGGGCAGAAUUUAGACAGUCAUUCAUCAUGGUUGGGAGGUUGGGAGAGAUAUUGAAUUAUUUUAUGAUUUUAUGUUUUAGAUUAGGAACAAGGACAUCUGGAGGUAACUUUUUUGGCCUGCAUAAGGUUGGAAGGUUGGGCAGGGCACUUACGAGUUUAUCAAGAAGGCAGAUAUACAACAUUGUUGAAUAGAUGGCCAUAUGAUAGAGGUAUACUUUUAUAUGUCAUACAUAUUAUAUUCUCAGGUUUAAAGAAGUCCACUGUCCAGAUAGUCAUAUUAAAGUGACUAGGCCUACAAUAUGGCUGGGAGGUUGGGUAGGACUUAAGGACAGGCAGCAUAGAGCAUUAUGUGGCUAAUUAUGACUUUUAUAUGUAAAUGGUAAGGAGGAGCAUGUCAUGAUACAUUGCUUUAGAAGUGUAGAAGGUUUUUGUUCAGAAACAAUUUGUUUGAAACCUGACAGAUCACCAAUAUUGAUAUCAAAGUAUAUGCUCCAAAGAUGUUGUUUACCAAGAUUUAGGGAAACACCCGUGGGAACUACUAUCCUGCGGGUGGGUCACGUGAUCAACAGUCCCAGGGAGGAGUUACUACCCUUCCUGGCGAUCACGUGAUCCCAUAUCUUUCAGUAAGAUUAAUAGGAUGCCACAGAUGUAGUUUUUCGUUAUGUCUUACGACAUUGUUCAGACUGUUUUGAGGUUUAUCACCUCUUAUGUUAUUUAGGCAUAUUGCCUCUGUGUUUUGAUGCCUCGUACGGAAUUAAACGGCGAGCAAUGGCAUAUCAUUUGUCCACGUGUUUUCUUCUCAAAAU